GACAUUGCAGAAACAAGGCAAACGCAGGGAUCACACAUGCUCGGACGCAAUUGGAUCGAAAUCAAAUUUCAAAAAAAGAAAGCCAACUCCCUACUUUGGGUUGGAGCUGCUUUCUUCUGUUGUCCAGUUUUUAAGAGGACCACGUGAACAAAGUCAAAGAAGCCCGUACUUGGCUCCUCGGGAGAGCCCAAAUGGAGCGCAGAGUGGCCUCCAAAGUACAUUGGAUAUUCACAUGAUUUCUCUUCCGCACUGGUCUCCAGCCCCGUUAAAUCUCGUCGCAAGAUGGCGGCCGCCUGGCGUGCAAGAUUGCCGCGUGACCGCAAAAGCAUUGCGUUGAUUUUUUUAUUUUUUGUGUGUUUGUUUUGCAUACAUCUCGAGCGGCAGUCUACACCGCUGCAAGAUGGCGGCCGUAUGAAAUGGCAGCCUGCAGUGUCGCCGUAAAGGCACCAUCGAAGAAGAAACAGGCGGAUGUUAUUAGCACGUUGGGCGACGAGGCACAUCCUUCGUUCUAGGUCGCUGUACUCUCAACAACAUCGAAAUGUUGAAAGAUUUGAUAAGGGAGCGACUGAUUGCGGCCGCCGACGAAAUCUUUGGAUUGUUUGAAAGAACGAUCGCGUCGUAUGAGGAGCAACUUGGUCGAGCCAGAGAGGAGAGCGAGCGACACCGACGACAACUGGAAGCUGUUUGCAAGACUCAAGUGUUGCUACGCGUCCAUGACGACCAGCGGCACGGGGAGAGCUCCGAUUUGGAGCAUCGGCAGCCCCACCGCAUUAAGGAGGAAGAGGACGAGGAAGAGGACGAGGCCCACGUCAGCAAGUUGCCACUGGCCGCUGCCCGUGCGGAGAGUGACGCAAGCGAAUACAAAGCGCCCGAGUCAUCCCGCCGGCUUCAUCAUCAGAGUCCGAGCGGAGAGCACUGUGGAGCACCGCCGCCGGACGGCCUUUUAGCCCCGCUGUCAGAUCGCGACUGCACAGACGACGAAUCUUUGCGGCGCGACGGAAAAGAGUCGAACCGCUCUGAAAAGAAGACGAGUCUUGGCGACGAGAAAACGUCACACGUGGGCAGACGGCAUUUUACCUGCUCCGUUUGCGGUAAAAGUUUGCCCAACGACUCCAAAUUGAUGAGACACUUGAGAACUCACACUGGAGAAAAGCCUUUCCGUUGCUCCGUUUGUGGGAAAGGUUUUGCUAACAAAUCGAUACUGAUUCGACACUUGAGGACGCACACGGGAGAAAAGCCCUUCCGCUGCUCACUUUGCGGGAAAAGAUUCACUCAAAAGCCCAGCAUGAUUUCGCACAUGAGGACGCACACGGGGGAAAAACCUUUUCUCUGCUUGCUUUGCGGUAAAGCGUUCACUCAAAAACCACACCUUGUGUCACACACGAGAACACACACCAGAGAAAAACCCUUUAGUUGCUCCGUUUGCAGCGGAAGGUUUCGCCAUCGGUCCAAUUUGAGCGCGCACAUGCGCAGACACGAAACGGAGAGAAUAAAUCUUUUGCAGGCGCUAUGCUGUAUGCUAUAUAUUUGGAGCGGAUCCAAAAUGUUGAAGGAGUUGGUCAGGGAGCGCCUAGUUGCGGCCGCCGACGAAAUCUUCGGACUUUUUGAGAAAACGAUCGCGUCGUACGAGGAGCAACUUCGUCGAGCGAGAGAGGAAAGCGAACGACAUCGACGACAACUGGAGCACGUUUACAACGCUCAAGUUAUCAUCCGGCUCAAAGAUAUCCAACCGCAAUUGGAGAGCUCCAGUGCGGAGCCGGAGCAACCGCAGCGCCUCGGCUCUGUCGGGGCAGAAGAGAACCCGCAGCCCGUCUCCACGAAAGAGGAUGCGACGGAUGCCCGGCCCACCCGCGCGAAGGAGGAAGACGUCGUCGCCUUUCCGCCGCCUGACGAGAGCGGGGAGAACGAAGGCGAGCCGCCCGAGCGCUUGACGCUCCGCGGUCGCGGCCCGAGUGGCGAGGACGGCGGCGGCGGAGCGCCGGCGGAGCCCCUCGUCGCGCCGCUCUGCGAAGAGCCUCGGAGGAGCCGCGCGUCGCGCCGAGGUGACGGCGCGCGGGACGCGACGAAAACUCCGCCGAGGCCUCGGCAACCUUUCAUCUGCUCGUUUUGUCACAAAACCUUCGCCUCCAAUUCCAUUUUGAGUAGCCACUUGAGAACGCACGCGGGAGUAAAACCUUUUGUUUGCUUAGUUUGCCACAGGGCGUUUUCUCGAAGGUACGAUUUAGAAAUGCACCAGAGAACGCACACGGGAGAAAAACCUUUUGUUUGCUUAGUUUGCCACAGGGCGUUUUCUCGAAGUAACCAUUUACAAACCCACAUGAGAAGGCACACCGGAGAAAAGCCCUACAGCUGCUCGCUUUGCGGCGCAAACUUUCGUCAUCACUCCAGUUUGAAGGCGCACCUGCGCGUGCAUAACGCCAAGACAAGGAAAACGGCUUCACCCUAGUCCGGUAGUUGCCGGCGCCCAUUUCUGAAGAUCUGUUCACGUUUGUCUCUGCUGAACACGACCGAUAAUUCUCGUUGUGAAUUCGCCCGAUUUGCGCUUGCACCCGUUACAGCAUCGCGAUGUUACGAAAAGUUGCAUGCUAUAGAAUGACAAUAAAGGCGAUUCUGAUUCUAGUAUACCAAGAACA